AUGUCUUCAUUACCAGCUGAGGAGGAGACCUCCUUUCUACGGACUGAGGACUUUAUUUGCCUCAGCUGCUUUUCUCAUGGAAGCUCGGAGCGACUUUGUUUGGCCGCAGAAGGUUUUGGAAACAGAAUGUGUUCUUUAGAAAUAAUUUCAAGAGAGUCACCUCCUCCAAAUAUGCCCCCUUGUGUUUUUGUUCUGGACCAAGCGCUUUCUGUACGGGCACUUCAAGAAAUGCUUUCAAUUCAGCAUCAAAGCUCAGAUGGGAGUGGUCAGUCCGGUCACAGAACGUUGCUUUAUGGACAUGCUAUCCGGCUUAAACAUAGAGAAAGUAACAUGUAUCUCUCAUGCCUUUCGACAAGCACAUCUCAAGACAAACUAGCUUUUGAUGUUGGCCUUCAACAGAAUGCUGAAACUGAAGCAUGCUGGUGGACAAUACAUCCAGCAUCAAAACAACGUUCAGUUGGAGAAAAGGUUCGAAUAGGUGAUGAUCUUAUUUUGGUCAGUGUUUCAUCAGAACGUUAUUUACAUGUUUAUGGAGAAGUAAACUCAAGUAUCGGUGUAAUCGCUAGUUUUCAACAAACCUUGUGGACGGUGCUUCCUGUAUCUAGUGGUGCAAUAAGACAAAAAUCUAUGCAUAUGGUACUAGGUGGUGAUGUUGUUCGUUUGUUUCAUGGUGAUGAGUCUUUAACAGCAGCAUGUGCUACUGAAUCAGAGGAAUUUUCAUCAUCAAUUACGAUGACAGCUCGUAAAUGGAAUCGAAAUGGUUCUACUUAUGGUAAAAUCUGUCAACCAGGUGACGUAAUCGGUUGUAUGAUGGACUUGGUAGAUAAAACUAUAUCAUUUUCAUUGAAUGGAGAAUUGAUGAUGGAUCCACUUGGAUUGGAAAUAGCUUUUAAACAUAUAAAAGUGGAUGAAGGUUAUGUACCAGCAUUUUCUCUUGGGUCUGGACAACAAGUUAAAAUCAAUUAUGGAAGUGAUGUUCAAUCGUUGAAAUUUUUCACUUAUUGUGGAUUACAAGAAGGAUAUAAACCAUUAGGAGUUAAUAUGUGUCGACCAUUGCCUAUGUGGUAUUCCCGAGAGGAUCCAUCAUUAUUUGUUGAUGUUGACCGUCAGCAUCCUUCAUUAAAAGUUAGCGUAUCAUCUGGAACAACACCUACUUUUAAAGUGACCGUUAAACAAGCAGACUAUAUGUCAUCUGAAGAAACACAAUUUUUACGAUUAAGUUUAGGUACACAGUGUAAAGAUCAUUUUACAUCGAAGAGCUUGAAUGAACGUCAUGCACAUCUUGAUGCUUUAAGGCGUCAGCUUGAACCAGAACCAGUUUAUGCACCAGGUGCUGGAGUUGGGGAAUCCUCUAAUCUGGUUAUGAUGGGACCAGAUAUGUCUGCUUCUACAUUAGAAGUUCGAGAUAGACGUGGUAAGAAAAUUAGACUUGGAAAUAUGUUUAAGAAAGCUCGUUCAAGGGAUCCAAGUCCAGAAGUAACAUCUACUUUAGGUGGAGCUGGUGGGUCAUUGUUAAGUGGUGGUGGUAGUAGCCUUACUGGUGGCAAACGUGGUGGCGCUCACGCGACAACUGGUUCUUUAGGUCCUAGUGGUGGUGGCGGUGGUGGUGGUGGUCAAGGAAGUGCUGGAUCUGGCAGUCUUCUUUCUGCAACAGCUGGAGGUUUUUCCACUGGUUUUACAGGACCACAAGUUGGACCAACUCAAAUGUCUCAACUUGAUCAAAAUCUUACUGGUCAGAGACAAAUGCAACAGGCAGGAAUGCAGGCGCCAGGUGCUCUCAAUGACAUAAAGAAUACUAGAGCAGGUGCAUCAAGUCUAGAUGAUAUGGAUUUGUUCCUUCCAACAUCAAGUGGACAUACAAGUCCAUUGGCUAAUCUUGUCGAUGAAUUUUCAUUCACUGUAUUAGUACUACCUGGACAAGAUCCUGGCCUAGUUCAUAUUGGUUGGGUAACAAGUUAUUUUAAAUUAGCUAAAACAAGUAAACCAGAUCAUAUUAGUGGAUUUUUACAUAAUGUCUCAUCACAAUUACAAUUUGAUACAACACAUGCACAAUUACAUGGUCAAUCAAAUCAACAUACUAUGCUUGGUGAUCCUAAUGCUAGUGGUUUGCAACCAUAUACUGCUGAUUUGUUUACUGUACGUCAAGCAGCUGUUUGUCUUUUAGAAUCAGAUUUAACAUUAAAGUCUGCUGUUGCGGAACGUGCAUCUUUCAUGGUUAAUUUAGGACAAUUACUUAAUCAAAUGGCUACAGCAGAAGAUUUAGGCAAACGAAUGAGUCAAGGUUUAUCCCUAACCUGUUGGGUUGAUAUAGCCAGUGGAACGCUGGGUUUUGAUUUAAAUGGUCGUGAUAGUGGAAUACGAUAUCAGGUUGAACCAUCUACACGUUUAUUUGCUGCUGUAUUUUAUCGACCUACUGUUAAAGAAGCUAUUCAUUUUGAAUUUGGUCGACGAAAUCGUUAUACUUUGCCAAUUACAGCAAGUAUGCUUCGACCACCAAGAUAUACAUCUACGGUGUUACCACAUCGUUUAAGAGUUCAAGCAUUGGAGCGUGUUCAUUGGGCUCGUGUUCCACCAAAAGCUAUAAAAAUGUACAGUAUGAAGAUAAGUGAACUACGAGGAUGGGGUACUAUCAUUGAAUAUCCAGUCUCGGAAAUUGCUGUUCGUUUACCAGAAUCCGAUAGAUGUUUUAUAGCGCUUGAAUUAGAGGAAAUGCCAGAAUUAUUAAAGUAUCAUUCUCACACACUGGAACUAUAUCGUGCUUUGUGCUGUCAUGAUAAUCACAAUGUUGCUCAUUAUUUAACUAAUCAUGUGGAUGAAUACCAAUUGUUGCAUGUUAUGACAGCUUCAGAUAUGCCUGGACCAUUACGUUCUGGUUUCAUUGAUUUAAUGCUAGUUAUGCAUAUAAGUAGUCAUGUAAAAUUAAAACAAGUCACCGGGAAAGAAUUCAUUGUACCAAUGUUUAAAGUUGAAGCGAAGUCGAAAAAAGAUAUUUUCAAUUUUGAUGAACAUACAGGUGAAUUGGAUGGUAAAGUAGGUGUGGAAGAAGGAGAAGAUGAAGAAAAUAAUGAAUAUGAUUUUGAUCGAAUACCAGCUGUUGAAGAACAUAUUAGUAUUCGUCCAGAAUUGAAAACUGAUCCACAUUUACUUGUACUCCAAGGUCAAGAGUGUCCUGGAGCAGAUGGAACUGGUAAUUUACCUGUUGCAUUACCAGAAAAAACAAAAGAAGACAAUAAUGCAAUGUCAGCAGCAUUAACUCUGGCUGGUUCAAAUGGUUUAUUGAAAUUAUCCGAUUGUCCACCAUUUCCAUUAAAUAAAUUAAAAUUAAUCUGUUUAGAUUGUUUAGUUGAUAGUGUAUAUAAAGGUGGAAGUAUACGUGAUCCAGCUGGUGGAAGUUAUGAACAUUUAUUAUUACCAUUAGUGAAAACAAUCAACAGUCUACUUGUUAUGGGUAUACUUGAUCAGAAAGAUAUCCAUACUCUGUUGGCUAUUUUGGAUCCUAAAUCAUUUAAAGCAUCAUUACCAUUAAGAGGUGAUUCAGCAUAUGAAAGUCUACUUGAAUUCCAUUUACCGGAGAGUGUUAAACUAGAAAUAUGCCGUCUGUUGCAUAAUUUAUGUGAUUUACAAUUACGUAACCGAGUGGAACAAGUUGUCAAAUUUGCCAGUAAAUUUGUACAGUCUUUACAAGAAGAUCAAAACUCUAGGUAUAUGGCUAUCAAGAAAUCCAAUCUACCUUCAUCUGUAGCAGCUCGAAGAACAAGGGAAUUUCGAUGUCCUGCUUCAGUACAAAUGAAAAGUCUUCUCCAAAUUCAUGGUCCAGGUGGACCAACAGGUCGUUUACAAGAGGCACAAACAGAACCAUCAGCUAAUGAGCCAGGUUCUGGAGAGGAAGUAGAAGAUGAUGAAUUAGAAGGUGUUGAAACUAAUCCCUGCUCGGAGGAAGUUAAGGAAAUGCUUCGAAGUUUUCACAGGCUACUUUGUAAUAAAUUAGGUGUUAUGUUACCAGAAACUAAUGAAAAUAACACUGGAAAUAAAUUAGAUACUGAUUUAUCAAUGAAUAGUGGAUUUGAUGACUCACUUCUACAUCCACCAUUAUUAACACAACCAUCGGAUACACUUAGUUUAGCAUCAUUCGGUACACCUUAUCCAUCUUAUGAAUUACAAACUGCUUUAGCUCAUCUUCCAUUAGUUCCACCUGAUAUGGGUCAUCCAGAAGAAGGUUCAGGUACACCACCAUGGAUUUUUAAAUUAUUAUGGAAUAUGAUGAUUAAUAAACCAAUGACAAAUGGUUCGAUUAUUGAAAUGAAUGAAAGAAAUAAACAGACAUCCGUCACUCAAUUUUGUCAUUCAGGAAAACGUUCACUGGAUGGAUUAAUCGUGUAUACGAUAGUUAAAUGGGCUAAAGAAGGUUUCAUUGAAAGUUUAGAACUGAUCAGAGAAAUGUUUUCUGCACUUCAUCGUCAAUACAAUGCGACUGAAGAACUAAGAAAUGCACUUGAAAAAACUUAUGUCAUUAGUGGUUCAUCACAAGAUGAAGUAUCUCGUCUAUUACGUUCACUUGGACGUGUAAGAAGUUUACUCGGUGUUCAGUUAGGAUCAAAUGAAGAAAUUCUAUUGAAGAAUUGUUUAUGGGAUUUAAUGAAUAAUAAAGUAUUCUUUCAACAUCCUGAUUUAACACGUUGUUUAGCUGUACAUGAAACAGUUAUGCAAUUAAUGGUACAAACAUUAACUAAAGCAACAUUUGAACAACCUGGUGGAAAUACCAUUUCCAAAGAUGCAUUACAUUCAUCUAAUCAAGCAGUAACAAAUGAUAUAACAGUGACUAAUAUCACUGGUUCUUCAUUACCUGUUCUACAUGAAGAAGGAUUAAAUUCGACCACAGGUCAUGGAAGUCACCAUCAUCAACAACAGCAACAACAACAACAACGUGGUUCAGCUGGACCAACUGAAAUGGUUGUUCAAUGUUGUCGUUUUCUAUGCUAUUUUUGUCGUACAUCAAGAGAUAAUCAAAAAGCUAUGUUUGAACAUCUUAGUUAUAUGUUAGAAAAUUCAUCUAUGCUACUUGCUCGUCCCAGCCUUCGUGGUACAUGCCCAUUGGAUGUAGCCUAUUCUUCUCUGAUGGAUAAUAAUGAGCUGGCUUUGGCUUUACGUGAGAAACAACUAGAAAAGGUUGCUGUCUACUUAUCGCGGUGUGGUGUUCAGUCAAAUGCUGAAUUAUUAGCAAAAGGUUAUCCAGAUAUUGGAUGGGAUCCAGUGGAAGGAGAACGUUUUCUUGAUUUCUUACGUUUCACUGUUUGGGUUAAUGGUGAAACAGUUGAAGAAAAUGCUAACUUAGUUGUUCGUCUAUUGAUUCGUCGACCAGAAUGUUUAGGUCCAGCAUUACGUGGUGGAUCAAAAGUUAUGAAACAUUCUACUGGAAAUACAGGAACAGACGGUUUAGAAGUACCACCAGGUGGUCCAGAUCGAUUAAAUGCAGCAAGAGGAUCAACUGGACAACUAAUUAAUGAUUCAGAUUUUCAACCUAAUUUAGCUGGUGGUGGUCUUUUAAAAGCGAUGAAAGAAGGUUUAGUAAUGUCAGCUCAAAUUAAACUAGUAAAAAUGGCUCAAGAAGCUGAAGCAGCAGGUUUAAAUCCAGAAGAAGAAGAUUUGGGCUGGCGGACUGUUUUGAUGGACUAUGAAGAUGCUAAUUUAUUUACACCACUCCCAUAUAAUUUUGAAUCAAUGCCACCUGAAGAUGAUCCCGAUUACAUUGAUCUUGGUGCUGCAAUAUUGACAUUUCAUUCAAUUUUGGUCAAUCUUUUGGGAUUUUGUGCACCAGAUAUGGAAACUGUUAAAAGUGAAUCAAUACGUGCUAGAUCAAUUUUACAAUCACUUGUUAGUAUGGCUGAUUUAGAAGGAGUUUUAUCAUUGAGAUUUAUACUGCCUCCACCAAAAUUAGAAGUUCAAACAAAUGAAGAUGGAGAAGAUGAAUGGGUUGAUAAAGCUGGUAUGCCACCUGGUCUAUUGCCAGAACAUAAAGCAUCAGUAGUGUUAUUUUUAGAACGAGUAUAUGGUAUUUCAGAUGCUGCAACAUUUUUACGAUUAUUAGAAAAUGGUUUUCUACCAGAUUUACGUGCAGCUACAUUACUUGAUUCAACUGUUGUACCAGAUAGUGAUAUGGCUUUAGCAUUAAAUCGUUAUUUAUGCAACAGUGUUUUACCAUUACUUACACGUCAUACUAAAUAUCUUGGAGAAGAAGGUACAGCUGGUGGAUUAUUUGAAGCAACAUUACAAACAGCAUAUCGUUUGUCUAAAUGUCGAUCGAUUACUAAUCAUCAACGUGAAAUUGUCUGUGACUUUUUAGUUGCUUUAAUGCAACAAAUCAAACCACCAAUGAUGUCAGCUUUAUUAAAGAAAAUGGUUUCUGAUUUACGUACAUUAUCAAAAGAAUCUGUCGUAUCACUUCGAGCGUUGACAGAAUUUUAUCAACGUUGCGGAACUUACUAUAGCUCAGAUGGAUGGACAGGUGGUGGACACGGCGCAUCUGGAAAUAGUGCAACAUCAGCUGAUGACGAUUUUGGGUCCACCGGUCACGGAGGCGGUCAUAGUGGUGGAGUUAGUGGUGGUGGUGGUAGUUCAGGAGGAGCUGAUAACGUAGCUAGCCGUAGUGGUGACGGUGAAACAUCAGCAUCUGAAGAGGAACGUAGUAUCACUGCUCAUCUAUUCAUAUUGAUUUUUGAAAAAUUAUCUCGACAACCUUAUGAACCGGAAUUAUUUUCUUAUGCAUUACCAUGUCUAUGUUCGAUAGCAUGUGCUUUACCACCGGAUUAUUCAAUAAGUCAAUUAAAUGCUAUGGAUCAACAAGAUGACAGUUUAGGGCAAAAUGUCGGUCAAUCUGUAUUCACUAAUCAAAUGAAUUCUUUACUAGUUCCUGGAGCACCUAGACUGGAAGCAAAUGAUUCACCUGAUGAACUAGUUCAUCAUGAUGUCUUUCGACCUCAACCUAUCGAUACAUCUCAGGUUCGUCUUCCAGCAGCAUUGAAUGGUUUAAUUCAAAGAUUUGCUGAACAUUGCCAUGAUUCAUGGGCUUUAGAUUUAAUUGAACAAGGUUAUACAUUCGGUACACAAGUUGAUGAAGUUCGAAGAACACAUCCAAAUUUACGCUCUUUCAGUCACUUGCCACCACAGGAACAAAUGAGAUAUAUUCAUCCUGUAACCGAUACCUUGAAGACAAUGUUAGCUUGUGGUUGGUCUGUUGAUGGUGAUGAAAAUCGUUAUCGUGAUACACCUGGUGAUAUAAAACAACUACGUAGACAAACAAUUACAAGUGAUAAUCUGUUAAAUUAUAAUCCAUGUCCAAAAGAUUUACGUGGUGUCAAUGUGACUAAAGAAAUGUUAAAUAUGGCUGAACGUUUAGCUGAUAAUGCACAUAAUAUAUGGGCUAGACAAAAAAUGAGUGAUCUUGAAGCAAUUGGUGGUGGAGUACACCAACUCUUAGUACCAUAUGAUAUAUUAACAGAUAAUGAACGUAAACGUUAUAGACGUUUAACUCAUGAAUUAAUCAAAUAUUUACAAUAUAAUGGUUAUAGAUUAACUGUUCGAACUGGAUCAAAUUCACCAAGUACAAAUUUAAAUAAAACAACUGGAGGUACUGAUAGUGUUCGAUUGCAUGACAAUCGAAUGAAAAAAGCUAAAACUGGUCCACAUACAAGUUUAACUGUUGCAUGUAUUAAACGUCUUCUACCAGUUGGUUUAAGUCAACUUGGUGGACGUGAACAAGAACUGGUGCUUUGUGCAAAACGAAAGUUGAUCAAAGAAACAUUUAGUUUGACAGGUGACAAAGGUUUGGAGCAUUUAAUGCAGAGAGAAAGUGAUGCAGCUAUUGAAGCAUUGCUUAAUAAUGCUUUGGAUCAAGAAGGUGAUCUUGAUCAUCGUACUCAAAAUUGGCAAAAAUUAUUAUAUAAAAAAAUCGAUCGAACAAUUGCUGCAACUGGUCGACAUGCUGAACUUGAAAUAUCAACUAGAUCAGAGAUAGUAGAUAAAAUUCUGAUUUUAUCCAAAGUAAUGCAUGGUCUUUAUUUGGUGGAUCAUCCACCAGCUGUUAGUAAAGGUUCUUGGAAAAAAUUGGUUUCAUCCCAACGUAAACGUGCUGUUAUGGCAUGUUUUCGUAUGGUACCAUUAUAUGCAAUGCCAACUCAUCGUGUAAUGAAUUUAUUCUUAAAAGGCUACAUAACUGAAUGGUUAGAUUAUGAAGAAUCAUUAGGUGUGAAAUUAAUUGAAGAUGUGACAAGUGGUGCAUUAUUGAAAGAUUUGUCAAGAUCAAAUGAAUUAUUAUCAGCAAGUGGUACAAAUGAAAUGACACCUAGUACUGGGCAUACAAUUGAAGGUGUUCAAAAAAGUACAGAUUCUGAAACUGCUGCAGCUCAAGAUUUCGAUAUGGCAGAUUCAACUUUAGAAUUGGAUCUAUCACUUGCUACAAAAGAUCCUGGAACCGCUAUUAUCAGUUCAGAUCCCAGUCGAUCAGCCAGUCUAUUACAAACUGGUUCUUCACAAACAUCUAGUAAUUCUUCAAGUCAACAUACUUAUGGACAAGAUUCAUCUUCAUGUCAACCUGAUCCAUUGACACAAUUAUUGACAGCAUUAUGUCGUUCAGCAUCAGAUCAAGCUCCAGAUGAUCCAUUAUAUUUAGCAUAUGCUAAAAUUAUGAGCAAAAGUUGCAGUGGUGAGGAUGAAGAAGAUGAAGAAGAGAAUAGUAAUGAAGAAGGCUCUAGUUUCCAGGAACAAGAAGAACAAAAACAGCAAUUGUUAAGUGAACAAAAUCGUCUUGCCGAACGUGGUGCAUCUGAAAUGGUUCUUCUACAGUUAGCUGCAUCCAAAGGUGAAUCUACACCAGUUGCUCAAGCAAGUAUUGAAUUAGGCAUUGCUUUAUUACUUGGCGGUAAUAUUGGUGUUCAAGGAAGAAUGUUAGAUUAUUUAAUGAAAAAGAAAUUAUCUGGUUUUUUCACAAGUUUAGCUGGUCUAACACAGAAAUGUUCUGUUUUAGAUUUGGAUACUUUUGAAAGAUGCAAUAAAGCUGAAGGACUAGCUGUUGGUCUAUCCGAUAUGGAAGGAAUAACUAAUUUAUAUGAUGCUGAUUUCACUUGUAAAAUAUUUCGAUUUUUACAAUUAUUAUGUGAAGGACAUAAUCUAGCUUUUCAAGAUUAUCUGCGUACACAAGCUGGUAAUACAGUAUCAGUGAAUUUGAUUAUUUCAACUGUUGAUUAUUUACUAAGAUUACAAGAAUCAAUUAUGGAUUUCUAUUGGCAUUAUUCUAAUAAAGAGACAAUUGAUGAAUCAGGCAAAAAUAGUUUUGUUCGUGCUAUAAAAAUUGGCAAACAAGUAUUUCGUAGUCUAACUGAAUAUAUACAAGGUCCAUGUAUUGGCAAUCAGUUAGCACUGGCGCAUAGUCGUUUAUGGGAUGCUGUAGCUGGUUUCAUUUAUGUUUCAGCACAAAUGCAAGAUAAAUUAAGUCGUGAUCCUGAUCAAUUAGAUUUGCUGCGUGAAUUUCUUAAUUUACAAAAAGAAUUAAUGAUUAUGUUAUUAUCUAUGCUUGAAGGAAAUGUUGUCAAUGGACCAAUUGCUAAACAAAUGGUUGAUACAUUAAUUGAAUCAUCAGCUAAUGUGGAGAUGAUUCUCCGAUUUUUCGAUAUUUUCCUUCGAAUGAAAGUGAUCACUACUUCGGAAGCAUUUUUAGCUUUUGAUGUAAACGGUGAUGGUUGGAUUUCGCAUAGAGAAUUUCGUUUAGCCUUAGAACAACAAAAAACCUAUUCACCUGAAGAGAUUAAUUAUAUCAUUGCAUGUGUUGAUAAUAAUGCAGAUGGUAAAGUUGAUUUUAAAGAAUUCACAGAACGUUUCUAUAAUCCAGCUGAAGAUAUUGGUUUUAAUUUAGCUUUACUAUUGACUAAUUUAUCUGAACAUGUACCAUCUGAUCCAAGGUUGGAAAGACUGAUUGAAAAAGCACGUGGAGUACUUGACGUAUUCGAACCGCAUUUAGGUCGAAUCGAAAUUACUGGUUCAAAUGGUCGAAUUGAACGUGUCUACUUUGAAAUACGUCAACAGCAUAUUGAUCAAUGGGAAGCACCACAAAUUAAAGAAUCAAAAAGAUCUUUUCUACAUUCUGUAGUUGGUGAAAGUGGAGAUAAAGAGAAAUUGGAGUGUUUUGUUAAUUUCUGUGAAGAUACCAUAUUUGAAAUGCAACAUGCUCAAUCGAUUAAUGGUGAUGAAGCUGACGUGGCGCUGAAUAGGGUUGCUGCAUUUAAUCGCUUUUUGGAAAUAACUCAUCUAGCUUUCAUUGGACAUAUACUAUCCGUGAUCUUUCAUUGUAUACGACCAACUCAAUUAUAUGCCACAUGGAAUAAAUUACGUCAAAUGACUUUACCAGAUAUUCUAUUGACUAUACUCGGUAUAAUUGUUGGAUUAAUAAUUUGUGUAGGACGAUUUGGUUCACGUAUACUUCAUCUUUUAUGGUAUAUCAUAGUUGCACUUGCUACUGAUAUUAGUCAAAAAAGACAGCUAACACAUUGUUAUCAUUCAACUGCUGCUGUACGUGCAAUGAUUCCAUGGUCAACUGAUCGAAGUUCAUAUUUAAAAGGAGCAUCUACUACUGGAGCUAUACAACAUUCUAGUGAAAUUAAUACGGAACAACCAUGGUGGUUAUUAUCAGAAGAUCAACAAUUAAUUAUUGAACGUGCAGAUCCAGUACAUUUAGCUACUAUAGAAGAAGAGUAUGCAAUAAUGAAUGCUGAAACAUCUACAUAUUUAUCAAAUGAAAAUGCAAAAUCUGGAAGUGAUAUAUCUUCUAAAUCUACCACAGCUACUUGGAAAAACAACAACACCACUAACAAUAAUAAUAAUAAUAUUACUAGUCCAACUAGUCCAACUAUGAAAAAAAUAUCAACAUCAUCCUCAUCUGUUCCACCUGGAACUCGUAUACCUACAACAACUGGUGUUCAAACUUCAUCACCAACAUCACCAGCACCAGCACCACCCACAACAACAACAACAACAAAUCAAAAACAAGAAGUAGAAGAUGAAUGUAAAACAAAAUUCAACACAAGAAAUUAUGUCAUUUCAUUAUUUGCUAGUAAUUUUUAUCGUUUCAAAAUUAGUGCACUGAUAUUGGCAUUUGUGAUCAAUUUUCUACUAUUAUUCUCUAAGGUGAAUCAAAUUAAUCCCAAUGCUUUGGGUGAUGAAGAUGUUAGCGGUAAUGAAUUAGGCGGCAGUGACAAUGAUGCAACAGAUGAAGAAUUAAUUGAAUGGAUUACAUCAGGUGAUACAUCAUCAUAUAUUGGUCCACUUAUAGCUAUACUUGCUGCUGUUCAUUCUCUGCUAUCAUUUAGUACACUUGUGGCAUAUUAUUAUUUAAAGGUUCCAUUAGUAAUAUUUAAACGUGAAAAAGAAAUUUGUAGAAUGCUUGAAUUUGAAGGUAUGUGGAUUUCUUCACAACCGGCUGAAGAUAAUUUACGUGCACAUUGGGAUAAAUUAGUCUUAUCAACACCAUCAUUUCCACAAAUGUAUUGGGAUAAAUUUGUUAAAAAGAAAGUUCGUAAUAAAUAUUCUGUUCAAUAUGAUCUUGAUGAAAUUACAAGACUAUUGGGUAUGGAUAAAAUUAAUUCUGACACAGAAACUAAUGGAGCUGGUCUAUCGAAAUUUUUCGGCGGUAUUGAUAUACAAUAUUUGGUUUGGAAAUGGGGAGUUGUUUUCACAGAUAUUUCUUUCCUUUAUUUGGCGGUUUAUUUUGCUGCAUCAGCUUUUGGAAAUUUAAAUUAUUUCUUAUACGCUUGCCAUUUACUUGAUGUAGCUGUUUCAUUUAAAACACUCAGAACGAUCAUUCAAUCGGUUACACAUAAUGGAAAACAACUUGUAUUAACAGUUAUGUUGACAUCGAUUGUGAUUUAUUUAUACACUGUGGUUGCAUUUAAUUUCUUUCGUAAAUUCUAUGUCAAAGAUAAUGAUGGUGUACCUGAUCCAAAAUGUAAUGAUAUGAAAACUUGUUUCAUAUUUCAUUUACAUACUGGACUAAGAGCUGGUGGAGGGAUUGGCGAUGAAAUUGAAGCACCUGAUGGUGAUGAAUCAGAAAAUUAUCGAAUCUUAUUCGAUUUAACCUUUUUCUUCUUUGUUAUCAUUAUUCUACUAGCUAUUAUUCAAGGUCUUAUCAUUGAUGCUUUUGGUGAUUUAAGAGAUCAGUUGGAGCAAGUAAAAGAAGAUCUCGAGUCGAAAUGUUUUAUAUGUGGUAUUGGUAAAGAAUACUUUGAUAAAAUACCACAUGGUUUUGAACAACAUGUGGAAAAAGAACAUAAUUUUGCUAAUUACAUGUACUUUCUAAUGCAUAUAAUCAAUAAGCCGGAUACAGAAUACACUGGUCAAGAAACUUAUGUUUGGGAAUUGUAUCAACAAAGAUGUUGGGAUUUCUUUCCUAUUGGUGAUUGUUUUAGAAAACAAUAUGAAGAAGAAUUACAACCGAAAUAGUUAACGAUAACAAACAAAUUUUAAUAAACUCUAUGAAAUGAACUAAACCACUUAACAACUGACUAAUAAACGAUGAAAACUCAUCUUUUUACUCUUUUUAAUUUUCGUUAUUACUUUUCUUUUUUCAAUACUUAAAAUUAAUAAUGAUAGCCAUUUAUAAUUGUGUUUAUUUUUUAAAACAAAAAAAAAAAUAACCACAAUUAAAAUGUUAUUAUUCUACUGCUGUUUCUAUUAGUUUUUAUUUUACUUUCUUCAUCAACAAAAUCUCUGCAUUCAUUCUCCUUUUAAAUAAUUGUGAACACUCCUCAUAAGAAUGGCGUGAAAAUGCACACACAAUAAAAAAAACCCAAUAAAAAUGUUAUCUUGUUAAGUGACAUUUUUUUGGCUUUUUUGUUUGCUGUUUUUCAUUUCUCUAUCAGCUUGUUUUCUCCUUUUUUUUCUCAGUCUUAAUCAAUUUUGACUUUAUCAGCCAGCCUACAGAGAUGCGAAUUUCAUAAUAUUAAUAAUAAUAAUAAUAAGCUAAUAAGUAUUGAAUAGUAUGAAAGAUGGGAUACAAAAAAAACACAUUGACAUAAACCAUAUUUAAAUCAUUUUAGAAUAUAUCAGUACUAAUUUAGGAUGAACAUGAAUAUAUUUUACUCCCCUUGCAUGUAAUCAUUUAAGAAAAUCUUAUAACUAACUGUAAUCAAAUAUAUAUUUGUUUUAAUUUAAAUUUGUUAUAUUAAAAAAUAGAAAAUAGCUUUUGAUUU